CCCAAAAGUAGACACAUCCCUAAUAAAAAUUUAACAAGACAAAAUAUAUAAUAAAAAUGAGUAGUGCCCAUAGGGAAGCUGUCCAAAAGCAAAUUCAUCAAGACUGGGCCAACAGAGAAUACAUUGAAGUUAUAACAGCUAGCAUUAAACGUAUUACGGAUUUUUUAAAUUCAUUUGACAUGUCAUGCCGAUCCAGAUUAGCGGUACUCAAUGAAAAGCUGACAACAUUGGAGCGUAGGAUAGACUAUUUAGAGGCUUGUGUAACUCAAGGCGAAACCCUAACAUAAAGAAUCUUAAGUGCUUAGUGUUAACUGCAUUUUAUAUUGACUAUUUGUAUUAAAAACAGCUACUUAGCUAAAACUUUGAUUUUAGUUGCACAAUGAACGGUUGGAAAUAUGAAUCAA